AAAUAGUUAACACUGUCAGCAGCUUGUUCUCCACACAUCUUUACUGCAGACACUCACAGGAUUUCACACUGAAACUAUUUCAGAUCACUGAAUUGAUGAAGAAAAUGUUUCACGCAUUUAUUUUUUGCUGUUGCUGUCUGGUUGGAGUGUUUGCUGAUGAACUGAAGUCAGUGUCAGUGAUGGAGGGAGAUUCAGUCACUCUACAGACUAAUACUGAAAUACAGACAGGUGAUGAGAUAACAUGGACAUUUGGAACUAACAGGAGUCGUUUAGCUGAAACUGAUGGAGUGACCAUUACGAUUUUUGAUCAUCUUGAUGAGAGAUUCAGAGACAGACUGAAGCUGGACAUUAAAACUGGAUCUCUGACCAUCACAAACAUCAGAACUGAACAUGCUGGAGUUUAUGAAGUUCACAUCAGCCGCAGGAGCUCAGAGACUAAAUACAGAUUCAAUGUUACUGUCUAUGCUCGUCUGUCUGUUCCUGUCAUCAGCAGAGACUCUUCACAAUGUUCAUCAUCAUCAUCAUCAUCUUCAUCAAAUUGUUCAUUGGUGUGUUCAGCUGUGAAUGUGAGUCAUGUGACUCUCUCCUGGUACAAAGGAAACAGUUUAUUGUCCAGCAUCAGUGUGUCUGAUCUCAGCAUCAGUCUCUCUCUACCUCUGGAGGUGGAAUAUCAGGAUAAAAACACCUACAGCUGUGUGCUGAACAAUCCCAUCAGCAACCAGACUCAACAUCUGGACAUCACUCACCUCUGUCACACAUGUGCAGAAGUCCACACCCAUUGUUGUGAUUCUGUUGAAGCUGUGCUCCGAUUGGUCGUCACUGCUCUGAUGGGCGUGGCUGCUGCGGCUGCUGCUGUUCUUCUGGUCAAUGACGUCAGAUCUACGAGAGGUGUGUUUGGUGUUGAUGAAGUGAAGUCAGUGUCAGUGAUGGAGGGAGAUUCAGUCACUCUAAACUCUGAUCUUACUGAAACACAUGAUGAAGAUCUGAUUCUGUGGAGGUUUGGAACUGAAAACACUGAAAACAGACUGAAGGUGGAUCAUCAAACUGGAUCUCUGACCAUCACAAACAUCACAACUGAACAUGCUGGAGAUUAUAAACUACAGACCAACAGUGUGAGAAAGAGUUUCAAUCUCUCUGUCUAUGCAUCAUCCGUGAUGAUCUUGAUGAGAGAUUCAGAGACAGACUGAAGCUGGACAAGAAGACUGGAUCUCUGACCAUCACAAACAUCAGAACUGAACAUGCUGGAGAAUAUGAAGCUGAUAUCAGCCGCAGGCGCUCAUCGUAUAAACACAGAUUCAAUGUUACUGUCUAU